UCUGUCAUCUGCGCUGUCAUCUGUGCGUUUUAAAUGUAGAAAAAUAUAACGCGGUCGCGAUACCUACCUUUUACCUUCGCGUCGGAUGCGUCGCAUUUGCGAAUCUGCGCACGGAAGAGAGAAACAUGCCGAUUUGAAUCUUUUUAUUAAAGUUACACGCAAACGAAAUCAAAGAAUGAGUCGAACCACGUAAGACAAUAGUUGAUGCGAAUAUACAGGUUAUGUUUUACAUCGCACACAUGGAUUUACUCGUGGUAUCCACUCUUGGUUGCGUUUUACAUAACAUUGCACCGUUUCUGAUUAGAUUUAUUUCAUCACGUGUGUUGGCGCAAAAGAAACAUGACAUUGAGCUGCGGAAAGAGCUGAGCACGUUGAAAGAAGAUAUGGCAGGACUCUCCAUUGUGGAUGAGUUUGCCAAGUAUGCCAAGCUCCAACGCCAGUACAAUCAUGUGGAAAGUAUCCUGAAAGAUAACGUGAAUCAACGACUGAAUCGACGAUUGAAACUUCAGAUGUUGUUAAUUUAUAGCUUUCGUGCAUUGAGCGGUACGUUAAUCCUGUGGUUGUUCUACAUGUAUAAAAACGAGCCAGUUAUUGUUCUUUCGGAGGAUAUACUAUGGCCGAUCGAAAAUCUUUUGAGUUGGCCAUGUCAGCACGAGAAUGCUAUUUCUCUAUUAGCAUGGCUCGUCAUUGCCCAAUUGGGCAUAUCGGCAUGCAAAAAGCUCCAUGCGUGAUCUAAUGAGUCUUGAAAAGAGGAACGCUACAUAUUCGUAAUAAAACUGUACCUGACGGAAAGAUAGCGGGACUGGAACGGCGAAAAUUAUCCAGGUGACUACUUCGCUACAAGGCGGAGUCGUGAGAGAUCCCUUGUAUGUAUAAAAGAUAUCGGUAUUGGACGGUAUCAGGAAUGCUAGAG